AUGGCCGAGAGCCCGGACCCCUGCCAGCGGCUCGAUCGCCCGACCCUCGAGCGGCGCCGAUCGAAGAACCCGCUCAAGAACAUGAUGCAGCACCUCACCGUCGACGGGCCCGACAGCGGCGACGAGCCCGGCUCGCCGCGCCGCCGCGAGUCGCUCAUCCGCCGCAUCAGCUGGCGCAAGAGCCGAAGCCCCUCGGCGCACUCCGACGUCUCGUCCUCGAACCCCACGGCGGCUGCGGCGACGACGGUCCUCCGAAACGCCGAUCCCACUCUAUGCGCAACCUGCACGAGCUUCGCCGCCGACGUGGACUUGACCUUUGCCGAGAUCGACGAGUCGUUUACCAAGGCGGUGAAUCCGGCCGCGGACGAUGGCUUCGACAACAGGGAGCACCUUGUCCAGCGCCUGACCGGACUCGACGAGAACCGCUGGACGGCGACUUGUCCGCUCUGCAAGCUCUUCUGGGCUGUGCAUGUCCCCGGCAGAGGAGAGGGCGGGUACUCUCUCUCGGGCUUUUCUACCAGAGACACGAAUUACAUGAUUGACUGCGUCAAGAUGUUUGACAUGGCCCAUCCCGCCAGGGGCAAGGCCGCAGGUCUCGCGCCGGGCUUCCUGGGCGUCGUGCCGAGCAGCCACGGGCGCAUCACCGGGGACUGGUUUCGCAACACGGGCAUGUUGCUGAGGACGAUGCCCGAGGCCAUGGUCGAGCGGCAACCGUCGCGGCGGGGACGCUCUCCGGCGGGCGGCCCCCGGACCCCCGAGCCUCCUGCGCUGACGCUCAACGACACGUCAUGGCUGCAGCAGGGAAUCUGGGGCCGCGAGAUUGGGCAGAGUGCGGAUCUGGGCGUUGCGAGAGACUGGAUGCACUUCUGCGAUGAGCACCACGAGGGGCGAUGUAGCCGGCAGCUCAUCCAAGCUGAGAUGCCUGGAUUCCGGCUCAUCGACUGCUCCGCGUCGCCACCGAGGGUCGUCGAGGGAUCCAUCACGGCAGACUACGCGGCGCUGAGCUACGUGUUGGGGAAGCCCAUCACGGGGUCGUGGCCGAGGGUCGUGCAAGACGCAGCCAUCGUCACGCGCGAACUGGGCAUCCGCUAUCUCUGGGUCGACCAGCUCUGCAUGGAGGGCACAACAUCCGCCGAGAGGGCACAGCAGAUUGCGCGGAUGGACGACAUUUUCGAAGGCGCGGCCCUGACCAUCAUCGCCGCCCACGGCCGCGACGCAACACAAGGCCUCGCGGGUGUCGGCUCGACACCGCGCGUCGCCCAACCGAAAUACCACUUUGCCGACUCCAACAUCACCCUCGUGUCCACGAUGCACGACCCGCGGCUCAGCAUCCAGGAGUCGACGUGGUACAGCCGCGGGUGGACGUACCAGGAGGGCCUGCUGGCGCGGCGACGCCUCGUCUUCACGGCGCAGCAGAUGUACUGGGAGUGCGGCGGCAUGGUGUGCCCGGAGACGCUCGUCAUGCCGCUGGGCCUGUACCACGACGCGCGCGAGCGGCGCAUGGCCGACUUUGUGCGCCCGGGCCUGUUCAACGGCGUGUCCUACGUCGACGGCAGCUGGGAGGCGUGGAAGCGGCUGCCGCGGCCGCAGCACGACGACGACGACGACGACGAGCAGCCCAGCACGCUGAGCAUCUUUCGCGAGUCGGACCGCCACAUCGUGAGCUACGCGAAGAGGCGGCUCACGUACGACGAAGACUCGCUGAGUGCGUUCCUGGGCAUCUCGCGCAGGCUAGAGAGGACGCUGGGCAGGGGCAAGCUCGGCAACUUGGUGGGCAUCCCGCUCUGGGCGCCCGCGGGGGAGGACGGCUCGUGGGCGAAGUCGGGCGCGCCGCGCACAAAGGAUGUGUUUGCGCUGUCGACGUGCUUCUGGCACCACACGGGCAGCAGUAGCGGCGGCGAAGAACCACGGCGCAGACCACACCUGCCGAGCUGGACGUGGGCAGGCUGGGAGGGCGCCGUGGAGCUCUACUCGUCCAUUGUCGUGGCGGCCGCCGAUCAUGCCGACGGGGCGAGCAGCGGCGGCAGCAGCAGUAACAGCCCUUCCACGGGGAGAGAAGCAGCUGGUACCAAGAAGCUGCUCAACCACCACUACGUGAGCGCGACGCACCUGACGCGCAACGAGCCGUCGUCUCUACGGUGGACGUACUCGCCGGCCAUGGUGGUGCUGGCGCCCGACGGCAGCGUCGCCUACGACUUCUCUCCCUCGGCGGCGACACCACCGGGGCGGCGAGGGCGGCCGCCGCCCGUGUUCCGCCAGGGGCGGUACGCGCUGCGCGUGUCGGAUCCGCUGGUGCUAGACAGGGUCAAGGCGCGGGCGCACGAGUCUGGAAGCUGGGUGUUUAACGACGUGAGCGUCGACGUGCGCAUGAGUCGCGGCGGCCGGGGCACCGGCGGCGGCGCUCAAGAACAACAGCAGCAGCAGCAACAACACGGGACAGUCGGUGGAACAUCAGGAGCAGCAGCACCAGCGAGGCCGAGCGCGAUCCGCGAGUACAUUGAGCGGCACGCGCGCGGCGAGCAGAUGACGGUGCUGUGGUUCGUCGAGGACGCGACGGUGAUGCUGCUGGUGGUGGAGCGGUCGACCUCAACCUCUGGGCGGUGGGAACGGGUCGGGCGCGCGCGCAUGGCGUUCCCGGCCGAGGCCAAGGAGGUGGUGAGGCGGUUCGGCAAGCUCGAGGUGAUGCUCAACCACCUGCCGCUGCGGCGGCUGGGCGAGGACAUUGUGAUUGAGUGA